AUGCCUGCCGCUACGGGCCUUGCCCCAAAUGGCACGACCGGUCAGACUUCGUCGGCAACAGGUCCGAAGGCAGCUCCCAUAACGAAGACACCUUCUCCGAGCAGAGGCGCCCUGAAGAACCUCUUUAGCCCUGACCCGCUCAAGGCCGUAGGGGUGAGCAAGAUGCCCGAGGCAAGGUCAUCCACAAGCAAUCUUGCACGUAACGCACCCGCCGACAGUCUUUGCCCUCCGCCUAUACGCACCAAGAUUUCACUAGCUGCUGGUGAGGGUCCCUGGAGUGUGAGCGUAGCAGAAGCUGGAGAGGAGCGUAAGCCGAGAAAGAAGGGCAAGCCAAAGGCGGCAACACCGAUGCAAUCCUACACCCUCUACAUUACUACACCAACCCAUAAUCUCACACUGCAACGGAGCGUCGAAGACAUCAUGGAGUUGGACAUGAAGCUACGACAAGCCGGCAAUGUCUCCCUGCCGAAGCUUCCGAAACUCCUGCUCUCGUCUAAUGUGCCUUCUAUCCCAGCGUCUCCUUCGCCUUCGCAUGGCGGCAGCCGCAGGUUGCUCCAGACGAUCUCGCGCACUUUGUCUCCGGGCAGUCCACGCCAUCGGACCACCCUCAAGCAGAUCACAAAGUCAUUAGCUUCUGGCCCGCCUACUACUUCCACUGCGCCGUCUACUGCCACAGCAGCGACCGGUACAGAUGGCACCGCUCCACCUGUCCCUGUUCCAGAAAGUUCGUCGGCGCAGUCACCAGCACCUGAGGACACAGUGGUCGCAAACGGAAAGAUCACGUCUGGACUUGUCAAUUACUUUACGACGCUGUCUAAUCUUCCCACAAUCAAGACUGCCAAGCCAUGGAAGGAGUUCACAAGGGUACGGACGGAUGAUCUGGAGAGCCAGAGAGUCGAGCGGAGAGUCCACCGUGUUCGUAGUGAUCUCGCUUCGCACAGCAAGUCUGCUGUAGCACCCACCAACGUCAACGUGGGCGGCGAAGGAGGGCGACGUGCAGAUGAAAGUCAGUCCGAUAUUGGUGAGGACUGGGCUGGUCGAGGGACCGAAGACGAGCGCGAGAACGGAUCGACGAGCGGUCGUAGCGGAUCGAGACAAUCGUGGAACGCUGGCCAUGCGAUGGCCCUUACACGUACUGCAUCGGGACGGUCUAGUGCAGGCGAGGAAGAGGUCGGUACGAGCGGAGCAGCAGCGGCCAAGAAGGCCAGCCCCCACUUUGCGAAUAUUCCCGAGGAGUCUGAAAAGGAGAAAGAAGCAGUAGCCUCUUCUCAGCAGCAACACCUGACGACCGAAACCUCGCAGACCAAUACCAGCGGCGACAGCUCAUGGGCAGACGGUAGCGCUGAAGGUAAUAAAGCUGAGGGUGCCCCUGCGAAGAAGUCUCCGAACCGGAGGAGAAAAUCAGACCGGUCUAGAUCAGAUAAAGUCACAGUGGACGACUUUGAGAUGAUUCGAGUGCUUGGGAAGGGUUGUGCUGGUAAGGUCCUCCUCGUCCGCCAUAAGCCUACAACGGGCCUCUUCGCCAUGAAGUCAAUACACAAGCGCCACGUCUUGGCCCAUCAAGAGCUGCAACAUACCCUUACCGAACAAGCCGUCCUCAAGCGCAUGGCUCGGGAAGCAUUGGACCCUUUCUGCGUGAAGCUCUGGUGGAGCUUUCACGACAAGCAGAACCUCUACCUUGUCAUGGACUUCCACCCCGGCGGAGACUUGGCCACACAGCUCUCUCGCUGGGGCAGGCUAGGACGCGAUCGCGCUCGCUUCUAUGCGGCUGAGAUCGUCGAGGGUGUCGAAGGCUUGCACAAGGCAGGAGUCAUUUACCGGGAUCUGAAGCCGGAGAAUGUACUCAUUGCAGCUGAUGGCCACAUCGUCCUUUCGGACUUUGGCCUCUCGAAGGAAUUUCCUGACCGACGUGCUGAUCGAAUGCGAGAACGCGGCUGCACCACUCCUCCGCCUCUCUCGCCGCCCCGAUCCAACUCGAGCCGCGACUUGACGACCGCGACAGCCAUGACUGCGACGACUUCGGGCACGGAAAGCCCAAAGACUAGACGUCCACCCUGGGUGUCUGCCUCUGAGGAGGGUACAUCCACUGCUCCCUCGACAAAGAGGGAAGAGAGGGACAUGACGACGACCUUCUGUGGUACCGCCGAGUACCUCGCUCCGGAAGUCAUUCAGGGCGCAGCGUACUCGUACGAGGUAGACUGGUGGUCUUUUGGCACUAUGCUGUACGAGUUCCUGGUAGGUGUCACGCCGUUCUGGGCCGAUACGCAUGCAGAUAUGUACAUCCGCGUACUGCACGACGAGCUCGUCUUUCCGGAAGAUCGAGUGCUGGACUCUGACACCAAAGGCUUCUUGAGGGGUUUGCUCCAGCGCAAUCCGAUGCUGAGGAUGAAGGAGCCACGCAUCAAGAAGCAUCCCUACUUUUCGAUGAUCGAGUGGGAUCACGUGUACCACAAGAGGUACAUUCCGCCGUACGUCCCACCUAUCAAUCCUUUGGAUGAAACGGACACGCAGAACUUCGAUGAAGCGUUCUUGGACAUGCAGCCGGUCGUUCAAGACGAGGAGGACGAUGCCGAGACCGUGGAUCCGGAAGAAAAGCAGAAUGGUGACGACGACGACGGAGAUGCUGGUACUAGAGUGGGACACGGUGACGAAGAGUCGGCACAGCCUCCAGAAGGUGAUGCGACGGCAACGAUGACAACAUCACCCCUGAAGCCCAGCGAGGCUCUAGCCAAGUCUCUCACUGCAGCGGAUGGCAAGAGUCUCUUUGACGGCUACUCCUUUCGAGGCCGCAAAGACUCGGGCUCGAUGCGCUCUUCCUUCCGCUCUGAAAGUAUCGACAGCGAUCUGGCAAGCGAGCUCGUUGCUUCGGAGAACGCACUGGAGAACACACUGAGAUCAGCCCGAGGCGCUGCUUCUGAUCCUCCACCGCCCGAGAGAUCUCCUACGCCUACACCAGCAGAAGCGUAUGCUCAUUCGCAAUUGGAGGCUGAGAGGAAGACUCCUGUCGCGCCCGGCCCAGCGUCUUCUGCCGAUCUGCCCAGGUCUUCUACUACUGUGAGGCCCUCCGAUGAUGCUCUAUACCAUCGCGUCUCGGUGGAGAUACCUGCUUCCGCUAUUCUGGCAACCUCGCUGCCAACGAUCUCCUCGCCGCCGACCUCUCCCAUGCUGUCUGCUGCACCACCUCUAUUCCAGCCGGUACCUCAACGUCCUCGGAAGGAGGAGAUUGUCGUCGCCGACGACGAGCUCGAGCCAAGCGGCGAGGAUGAUGACACGGCAACAAGAGAAGCCGUCUUUGCCCUGGCUGCUCUUGAGCGACAGGCAAGCCAAGAUCAGUCUUUGCUGAAUGCGGAGGGCAUGACCACAACAUCUACGCUUGCUACGUUAGCCGCCGCUCACGAUCAAGGUGAUCAGGGUGGGCAAUCGACAUCGCAAUCACGAGGCGGGCGAAGCGCUACUGCUCUUCCGACUACCCGAGAGAAGACUGUCGGAGACGCAGACGACGAGGACGAUGGAGAGGAAGAGGAGGAGUGGGACCUGGUCGACACUGCCAUCCCCUCAUCAACCAGCGGCCGCGGCUUGCCUUCAGAUGUGAAUGGCGGUAAAGGACAGAAUCUCUUUGCACGAGGCGUCGUGGACACCUACAGAAUGCUGCGACGUCAGGACUCCAUGCGACCUACAGGCGGUGCAGCACAAGGCUCGGGUGCGAUUCCGCCUCGACCUUUCAGUCGGCUGGCAGGACGGAGAAAAGGGGCGAAUGCAUCUGCUGAGAUGACAAGACCUAGCAAGGCGGAUCUCAAGUCCGGCAGCGUUGUGUCUCUGGACUCAAGCGGCAACGUAGCUGCCAAUGGUAGAAGCAGUGCUGCCAAAGACGCACCAAGCAGACUCGUCGCCGAUGGCAGUCCAGAAGGAGGGCGCCGCCCAUCGGAAGGUGUAGCGAGGGCCUCAAGUGGAGCUCCAGGCGGGGAAUCGACUAGUGACAGUGCCCGUCCUUCUGGAGAGGCAGCCGUGGAAAGCGGCAAGACCAGAGCUACAAGCACCAGCUCCGACCUCAAUGCAUCAAGCUUCGCUGCCGUCAGCUCUCCACCCUCUGCGGCUGCUGCUGCCAGUGCUGCCAAUGCAUCAGUGGCGGCAUCUGCGAGCAAUGGUGGGCCUGUUCAUGCCAAUGGGAAUGCAGACCUCCAGAAGCGUCAGUCUAGGAUUCGUCGGAGGUUCACAACCUUCUUCGAGCAAGCGGCUAGGUGA